CCGAAAUCGAAUCUGUAGUCCGGCUGUCUACCAUACGCUAAUCAAGGCCUAGGUCCCACUUCGCACAGGAUAUCCAGAUAAUGGCACCCUCACCGUCAACAGCGUCGGUACCCCUUUCAACGUCAUCCACAACAUCCACAAUGGCCUUAUCAACCUCGCCUGCUACGACUGCGAGCUACUCAACCGGUGAUCAUAUCUACAAGGGUAAACAUACAAACAGAUCAUGGCAACAGCUCCCCCCAGAGCUCAUCAGACAUAUUGCGUCUUUGUACCUUAAGGAUGUCGCUACGCACUUAUACUGUCCAGUCACUUGGGAGGUUAGAGAGGUUUGGCCCUCCAGAAUGGUCUACGCGGCUUUAUGUCAGGCUAUAGAACUCGAGAAGUUAAUGAAUGUCACCCCUUCUUGGUGUACUGCUCUCAAAUCCCAUCUAUUUUGGAAUCAUGCAUGCGCACUCCUGGAUCCUCACGACAUACUCCACCAAUAUGCAAUCGUACGCCCUCAGGCCCCCGCAGAUGGGGCUGCAGGGGCUGCAACUAUCGCGCCACAGCCUUACCGUUUACCUCCUCACACCCAUUUUCGCACUAUGACCUACCAUUCCUGCAUCAUCUGUCGCAUCAAUUCACCUUGUUCGUCCGUUGGCCUCGGAGCCGCAAAACGAACACAUGUUAUCCCAAGGUUGGGCGUGAUAUCCGUGUGUCGCGAGCAUCGCAAAACCGCAUUUUGCGGUGUAUGCCUCCGUGAGGCUCCCGCUGCCGAGUGUGAUCCCCAGUUUGAUGUCCAGAGCAACAUGCGUCUCAGCGGUUACAGUCAACUGUACAGCCAUGGAAAUUUUAAUCUGGCCUUGGGCGGCUAUAACCCGUAUGCAACCACCCUCAAUCCUGCCUUGAUGGUAUUAUGUUCUGAAAACGAAGAUGAUGAAACCUGGCCUGGCGUUGAUGCAACGUGUCGGUCAUGUCGUUUAGAAGGGCUCUGGAACCGUAUCAAAUCGAGUGCUCGCGACCGCGAGGCGAUUGGUGGUCCACGUUUCGUUCAAUCCUCGUCUUCAUCACGCUCUUCACCCGCAAGCCCGCGACAACUCGCAUUAGCACGUGUUCCACCCUGGAAGUAUGCAUCAGCAGAUUGGGAAACGCGUCAAACAGUCGAUGCUUUCAUCGAACUGGGCGAAGGCUCAAUCACAGAGGUCCUGAACGUUGCCCGCGAGAAGCUGUGGCUGCGGUCAUACACGAAAAUGCCGGAGUUGAUGGAGCAAGCUGUCGCUGCUACCCGCUGGGCCAGCGAAGGCAUGGGGACUGACUUUUCGCAAAAUUCUUACCAUCAUCGUGAACCAGAGAGUGUGGCGGCGCCACGGCAAGAACAUACACGUACUACAGAAGGAGGGGACUCGUACAGCCCCGUCAACAGUUUAUCUCCUUCCCGUCGUUCGCGCUCGCCGUCUCCGCGGUCAGCGUACUCCUCAGACUAUGAGGGCUCGGAGGAUGAAGAUGAUCCUGAUUUGCUUUCUAUGACUGAAGAUGCUGGUGGUGUGCGUGAUCUGGCUAUUGCUGACUGGGCGCGGACACGAAUUCUUGAUGGACACUGGUGUAGUCCUGCCGACCAGUGGUAUGGUUACGCUCGACCAAUUGGUGGAGGUGUCAGAGAUCCUGGCGAGGAACCUGACUAUGAGUCGGAAACUGACGACGAUGAACCUCUUGAGAAUGGACAGUCUCGCCGCCGCAUCAGAGUUCCCGCUACACAUCCUUGUCCGUGGACGCUCUCGAGGCCAUCGUCCCCGUCAUCUCUUCCCUCACCCACGGACGACUCGCAUCCACGUCUUUCGACCGUUCGUUCUCAGGCACCACCGUCGUUCGGACUUUGUGAGCAGGCUUUCCGUGCCUUUUCAAAACAGUUGCGCCAGAUCCUCUUGCCUGGGAUGAACAAUAUCGUCCGGCGGCUCGUCAUUGAGUCUGCGAAUGGGAUAGGAGGUGCUUGGGUAGACCCUGCUGUGCGCGCAUCGAAGAUGAACCUUGAAGAUGUGCUUGCUGAACUGCGCACGCCCGGAGUAUGGUUUGAUGGCGUUGAUUGGGCGGCUGGCGGCUUGGACAUUGGCGGUAAGCGCGAGGACGAUGCCUUGAGUAGCACCAGUGCGUCGACGAGAAGCGAUGGAUCACACACGACGAGCCCUGUUCUUUCUACGACAACGCUACAUACCACACCAUCGCCUCCACCAUCACAUCCUGAGGAGAAGGAGCAUGAGCCUGCAACGACAACAGCAAUAACGAGGCCGAAACCGCCACAAGUCAUCAUCCCCAUUCCUGUGUCACCGGUGUUAGACUCACCCAAGCUUUUACAUCCUAUCCCUUAUGUACCGGUUACGCUGGCCCAUAUGGCGCAGUACAGUCUCGAAGCAUUCAAACAGGUAUGGCGCGAAGCAUGUGCACCACUGUAUCACUGCCGAUGUUCCGUCUGCGAACGUGCUAUGAUCAAGGCAAAUGUUGCCGCUGGUAACCCUGUCACUCCUCAGGUGCGGUCUGCGCCCCAAAAUGAAUCCCAAACCCGAGUACCACAGCCUCAACCACAGCCACCGCCAGAAUAUGAGAACCUAAGUGAAAUAGUUCUAGAAGAGGUACGUGUUCCCAGAAGCAAGUUGGUGAAGGAGGAAGAGGAAGAAGAGCUAGAAGAGGAAGAGAUGUAUGAGGACGAGGAAGAAGAGAGUGAAGAGGAGCAGUAUGAACUCGCGAACCCAUGUUCCGAGACACAUACCAUCACACCCCGGAAACGCUCUUCUGGAGACCUCGAGGCAGAGAACGCUGCUGCUGGUGAUCCAAUCGAGGUCCCUCGUACCUCGACUCCGCCGAAACGUCCUCGGAGAGACUCAGAUCGUCCUGUUGACGACCGAGCGCGGCGCGGAGAGUCUGUGGCGCCGAUCCCUACACCUCGCCAACGAAAGCGCUCCUCAGAAGAGCUGGAUGUUGGCAACGACUCUCUGUCCCGGGGUGAUUCCCUACAAAAGCGACUGCGCGUUGAAGAGUCCUCGCCGGGCUCCCACUCAGCGCCUCGCGCACUCAGCGUCUCACCUCCUGAGGUGGAUCGUGCAGAUGGGUAUAGCAGGAAGGGCUUUGUUGACGCUGGGGACGGGGAUUUUAGCUGUCUGCGAACAGGCCUAGUGAAUGGUGGCGAGCUGGAUGGGUUGUACGUGUUCGAAGAACCGUAGGUUAAUUUAAAAGUGGAAUUGUGUUCAGCAUUAGCAUGCUUUCAACUCUUGUAUUUUGCAUUCUGUACAACUAUACCAUAUCUCCUUGGUUUUUUCUACGGUGAUGACGACGACUACGUCUGUUUAGCUAAAUUGGGGUGGACUUGGUGACAAACAACUGAAAAAAAAAC